CAUCCGGACCUUCCCGCGCGGUCCUGCCGCCUCUAUUUCCCCCCGCCCCCUGCGGCGGGCCGGGUGAGACGUUCCGGAGCGCGGGCGCGACGGGGCCCCGGGUGUAGACGCUGCCGGGCCGCCGUGCGCGCGCGUGUUGUGUGUGUGCAGAUAAGGCUCAAGAAAAUAAAUGGCAUCUGGGGAUUUCUGCCUGCCUGGGGAAGGAAUGGAAAUACUUCAACAAGUGUGCAGCAAACAGCUUCCUCCCUGUAACCUGAGUGAAGAGGACCUGUUACAGAACCCACACUUCAGCAAACUGCUGCUGGGGCUCUCACAGCACGUGGAUGAGAGUGGCCUGAGCCUCAGCCUUGCCAAGGAGCAGGCUCAGGCAUGGAAGGAACUUCGACUGCAUAAGACAGCCUGGCUGCGGUCUGAGAUUUUACAGAGAGUCGUUCAAGAGCUGCUCAUAGACCAUUAUGUGAAGUCACAGGACACACCUUUUACUUCUGAGGACAGAAAGUUUCAUGAAGUGCUUGAACAGAGGCUGCUUGUAACGGAACUGACCCAACUCCUAGGUCCGAGUCAGGAGAAGGAGACGCCCCCCCUGCUCGGACUACAGAGAGCAGACCUGCUGGAGCUCAUGCCCCCCUCCGAGAAUUUUGCGUGGAUGAGAGCUCAGCUUCUGCUCGAAGUGGAGGAACAGCUCAAGAAGAAAUGCUUCACUUUGCUCUGCUACCACAACCCUAGUGCAGAUUCAGACAGUGAGACGCUGAAGGCAGCCAAGGUGUGGAAGCUGGCCGAGGUCCUGGCAGGUGAGAAGCAGCAGUACGAGGACAGCCGGAACCAGCAGCAGGAGCAGCUGGUGCUGCUGGAUAAGAGAAGUGCUGCCUACUCACAGGUGCUGCUCCGCUGCCUGGCCUUGCUGCAGAGGCUGCUUCAGGAGCACCGGCUGCAGGCGCAGUCUGAGCUAGAUCGCAUCAACGCCCAGUACCUGGAGAUCAAGUGCAGUGCCAUGGUCCUCAAGCUGAGGAUGGAAAUGCUAAAGAUUUUGUCUGACACUUACACUGCUGAGAAAGUGGAAGUUCAUCGUCUCAUUAGGGACCGUUUGGAGGGGGCCAUUUGCCUACAAGAGCAGGAAAUGGAGAAGUCCCGACAGGUCCUGGACACCUAUGAGGUCCUUGGGGAGGAGUUUGACAGGCUGGUAAAAGAGUACACACAACUCAAGCAGACAACUGAGAACAGGCACUGGGUGCUCCAGGAGUUCAACAAGGCCUGCCGCUGAGCAUGAAGCAGCGGGGGGAGAUGUCUCCUCCUCUUCUGGUAACGGGACCAUCUCUGUCUGAGGCCACCUUCACUGGAGGAAGUGUGGGCUGCCUUGUAUGAAGCAUUCUUGAUUUUCUUCAGUUUUCACAGUGACUAAAAUUUGCUUUCUCUCUUCUGGAGAAUACAGCUAGAUGAUGUAGUUUUAUAUGGAACAAAUUGUCAGUGGUCGCCCCUGUCAUACUCGAUUAUUUCUCGAAUAAAGAAUAAAAUUA